UACUAAACUAAACCGAUAUACGUUUCAAUUCUAACUUUACUCGUCUCCCCGUCGGACAGCUGAGCGGGUGGGCGAAGCGUUUGGAACCUUGCUAUUAGAAGCAAGUUAAUUUAAGUUAUCAAUUUCAAAAUUCAAAAGUGGUCUCAUUAUUAUAAGGCCACUCCUAACUUAACUAUUAAUGUUUUUUACUGUACUUAACCAACGCGCAGGCAUCUAUCAUCUUCUACCAGUCCUCUUCUUGUUUCUAGCUUUCAUCGUCAACCACAAGUACCGUACCCUAGACCAGGUCUCCCUAGCCUCCAAAAGUUCGUCAAUACCAAGCCAAAUCUUAUCACAUUCGACGCCUGCACACAUGGCAAUAUCGAAAGCAGACAAGCGUAACAAGUUCCUCGCCGUAUUCGAGCGCAUUCGCGAGGAACUUAUUAACCAUAUGAAGUCAGAAAAUAUGCCCGAGGACGCCGUGACGUGGUUCAACGAGAACCUUGUUUACAAUGUUCCAGGAGGCAAACUCAAUCGCGGCAUAUCUGUCGUCGAUACUGUCACAAUACUUCUCAACCGACCUCUAACUGACGACGAGUACUUCAAAGCCGCCCUGCUUGGAUGGUGUAUCGAACUCCUACAAGCCUUUUUCCUUGUAUCUGAUGACAUGAUGGAUGCUUCCAUCUCACGACGCGGUCAACCUUGUUGGUACCGCGUCCAUGAUGUCAAGGGCCUCGGAAAGGUCCACAACAUCGCAAUCAACGACUCCUUCAUGCUCGAGGGUGCAAUUUACCACCUCCUGAAGACUCACUUCAGGCGAGAGAGCUACUACGUAGAUCUGUUGGAACUGUUCCAGGAGGUCACGUACAAAACUGAGAUGGGCCAGCUCGUCGAUUUGAUCACUGCCCCGGAAGAUAACAUCGACAUUCGCAAAUACAACCUCGACAAACAUACUUUCAUUGUACGGUAUAAGACCGCAUUCUACUCUUUCUACCUCAGUGUCGCGCUCGCCAUGCGCAUGUGUGGUGUCCCAGAUGUAUACGAGAUCAACGGAAAGACCAUCGAGGCGUAUAAAGAAGCAGACCGGAUUCUCAUUCCUAUGGGCGAGUUUUUCCAAGUGCAAGACGACUACCUAGACUACCACGGCACCGAGGCAGAAAUCGGCAAAAUCGGCACGGACAUCGUCGAUGGAAAAUGUUCUUGGUGUGUGUGCACGGCACUCACGUACGGCACCGAAGCGCAGAAACAGCUCCUGUAUGAAAACUACGGGAAGAAGGGCGCAGAUCAGGCCGCGCAGGAGCAAGCUGUGAAGGACAUGUACAACGACGAGCAGGGGCUGAACAUUCCCAGGCGCUAUGAGGAGUAUCAGAAGAAGGCUGUCGGAGAUAUCAAUGCGAUGAUUGAUCAGGUGCCUGAACCUGAGGCACACGAGGUGGGCAAGGGCAAUAGGUUGAGACGAGAUGCGUUCCGCGCCUUCUUGAGCAAGAUCACUGACCGCAAGGCAUAGGGGAGUAGAUGUAAAAAAUCAAUCACUGUAAUUGUUACUUGGUUUAUAUCCGCUGCUUUGUGUUAGACUAUAGGAAAUUAUAUCAUGGAUCAUAGCACUAGACCC